AUGAGUGAGGGUUGGUUAAAUGCUGUUGUGGUUUAUGUAGUUGGACAAAAUCCCACUCUGAAUGCUAUAUCCCAAUAUGUUAAGUCUCAGUGGCAAACCCAGGAAGAGCCACAAGUGUUUAAGCAUGAUGAAGGCUUCUUUAUUGUUAGAAUGAAGUCUCGAGAGGAAAGGGAUAAUAUUUUGUUUUCAGGGCCUCACUUGUUUUUUGGUAAAGCUAUGAUAGUUAAGCAAUGGAGUGCUAGUUUUAAUUUUCAUGAGGAAGUAUUGAAGGUAAUUCCUAUCUGGGUAAAGAUGCCUAAUCUACCUUUGAAUUGUUGGGGAGAAGACUCUUUGAGCAGGAUAGGAAGUGUACUAGGUGUCCCACUUUAUGCGGAUGAAUGUACCAGUCAAGGUUUGAGAAUUUCUUAUGCUAGACUGUUGAUUAAGAUGGAUGUUACUCAAGAAAUACCUAAAGUGGUGGCAGUUGAAGACCCUGAUGGUGUUGUAUUCAAACAAAAACUAGAGUAUGAUUGGGUUCCUACAUUUUGUAAAAAAUGUCAGGUAGUGGGUCAUAAUUGUGGAGGAAAAAAUGUUGUUACUAGUAGAGUUGUUCAAAGGUGGAUUCUUAAGAAGGUCUUGCCUGUUGAAAAGAUAGUUGUUCAGCUUCCUCCCACAAUUGAAGCAUAUGCAGAACAAAUAGUGGAGGAAAGGGUGCAAGAUCAGACAGUGGAGGUUAAUGAGAUAUCAGUAGAGCCUAUUGUUACUCCUAUUAAUACCCCUGUUAACACUCCAGCUGCAGAUGAAGGAGAAUGGAGACUGGUUACAAGAAAGACAAAAGACAAAGGAAAACAGGUGUAUAAUCAGAGUGGAAUGCAGCUGCAUUUUGGGUCAGGUUUACCUGGGAGCUGUCCUAGGGGUGCUAGGGGAUCUAAUCCCUAUUUGUCAUAA